UCGAGAGCAGAUGAGGUUGACAAUUGGGCGUCGAACAAGAGUUUUGCCCCUUCUCCCUCUCUCUACCUCCUCUCUGCGCUGCCUUUGUCUCCGGCGAGCAGCCGCUAGCCGCCACCUUCUCCAGCCUGGCGUCGCCCUCCAUCCCCAUCACCUCUCUCUCGCUUCCACCACCACGAGCAACCUCCAUCGUCGGCUCAGCGCCCACCACCGCUCCAAUCGCACCACCACUACCCCUGGCACCUGCCUCCAGCCUCUGACUCCGACAACAGUCGCCCUCAUUCUUCAGGUUGUUCGAAGCAGAAGAAGUGUUGGAAUAACAAAUCUGCUGCUGUUGCUGCUUUGAUAUGUAGGUUCUUUAUGUUUUUUUUGUUUUU